AUGAGCGGUAGCUCUAGCCAGUCUACUCGUACGAGUCCAGGGUCUUUUGGAACCACGCAACUCACCGAGUCCGUAUCUUCUGGUUCAUCGCCCACGCAGCAGUCACUCUCUUCCCAGGCGCCUUUGACGUCUCAGCAUGCGAUGUCGACCGACGUGUAUAGCCCGACUGCGUCGCAACCGCCAUCUCUGAACAACACAUUCACCUACCCCUUUUCCCCUAUCGGCACCUCCGCUUCAUUCGAUAACAACAUGCGCUUGGGCGAGACCGAUCGCAACAUGCAGGGCUUGAACGGCCUUGGUCGCGCCGGCAACGGAGGCGCGAUCCUGAUGCGCAAGUUGCCCCGAAACACGAGUCGCGAAGCACUGCGCAGCAUGUUGCUGUUCGCCAAAGACUUCGUCGACGCGGACUUCGUGACUCUGGAUCUGCCAGAGGAUGACGGAUUCCUGACCGCGAUCGCGCGAUUCAUCUCUCUCCCCGCUGCCGAAGAGGCCAAAUCCCUGCUCGACGGCAAACCUAAUUCCAAGAACGACGCCAAUAUGAUCGUUGAAAUGUACCCCGGUCCCAUGGGAUCGAAUUUGUCCAACGCGCGUCGGAACACCAUCGACCACACCGCAAGCCGUGCGCUGAUGGGUGUUCCCUCUAAUGGCCCUCUCGCGCGUCAGUCGUCGCGUUUCAACGGCACAUUCCAGAGCAUGGAGAGGCUCUCAAAUGCCAACCCCAACCAGGCCAUUGGUGAAGGUCUUCAUCCCAACGAAACAGGCUCGCGGAUGCACAGCCUGUUCUCCCCACAAUCUCCGAUCGGAAACGGUAUAGAUAAUUUGCCCCGUAUAACUGGCAAGUCCAUGAUCGACGAGGACCCUGACGAAGAGACCGGCGAGUUGCUCAAGGAUCCAGUGGGAUACGCAGAAAAUGGCCACUCUACCGGGAUCUCCGCCGGGCGCCGGGCGACCAAUCCAUCAAUCCCGACAAACCGCUUUGCCAAUCUAUCCUUGUCGACGAACAUGUCAUCUCCCCCUUUGCCCAACUACCCCGGUGGUGGUGGGCAGCGCAUGGGUACUGGAACACCCGCAUCUGCAUACCCCAGCCAGGUUCACGGUUUCCCAUACAAUGCUCAGCAUACGCCACGCCACAGUCUCCCGGCUGCAAACCCCAAUGAUCUGAACCCACCCUGCAACACAUUGUACGUGGGCAACUUGCCACCGGACACCUCGGAAGAGGAGCUCAAGGCACUCUUCUCCAAACAACGCGGGUACAAGCGCCUCUGCUUCCGAAACAAGCAAAAUGGCCCUAUGUGCUUUGUCGAAUUCGACGAGGUCGCCAUGGCAAGCAAGGCGCUGAACGAGCUUUAUGGCUACAAGUUGUCCAACAGCGUCAAGACUGGCAUUCGUCUCAGCUUCUCGAAGAACCCACUGGGCGUUCGCUCCGGUCAGCCGGGGAGCAUGAACUCAUCCAACUCAGUUUCUGGACAGGGUGCCGUCCCUGGAGGUAGCAACUUGAGCGGGAUUCAUAACACUAUGUUCUCAGCUGUCAACGGCCCCCCUCCAGGGCUGGCAGCACCCCCUGGCCUUGGCAUGCCCCUUCCCGCCCCGCCCAUGCGCCACGGCAACAACAUGCACACCUCGGUCAAUCCUCAUUCUGGGUUAGUGAACAACGGCUCUUAUAACCCCAACUCGGGUCUUGGCAUCCGAAACGGAGCCAACUCUAUGAUGAUGUCGCCUCCACCCCCUGGCAGUGCCGGCGGCAAUAACAACGCGCCCUCGAACCUCAAUGGCUAUAAUUCUUUCUACCCCGACUACAUGAUGGGCCGUUAA